AGGGUAGUCCGGGGAUAUACUAAUUAAACAGGGAGAGUAGAUAUAUCCCGAGAACCAAACAGUUUCAAUUACCGCGUUAAGAAAGGAAUAAAAAUAAUACGAUUCUAGAGAAACUGACUGUUCAUAAUUGAUAGAGACAUAUAUAAAUAAACAGAGAAAAGGGAUAGCAAGCUUCUCUGGUUCAUCAAUGGCGGAAGAAAAGCAGCUCAGCAAAAUAGAAGAGGCGUUCAAUGAUCUCGCCGCUACGUUGAAUUCCGGAGCAGCGGAUGUGGAGGUAGCGCCAUUCUCUCGAGCCUGCUCUUUUGUCUCGCCCCUCUUCGGGUGCUUAGGUAUGGCUUUCAAGUUCGCCGAGAUGGACUACGUCAACAAGGUGAAUGAUCUCGCGACAGCGUCGAAGUCGAACGUGACUUUACAGGCUUUGAUCGAUGGCGAUAUUGAAGCGAAGUGCGUUAGGAAUGCCGGUAGUCAUACCAGGAAUUUGUUGAGAAUCAAGCGGGGUCUCCAAAUGGUCAAGGAACUUUUCGAGCAAAUUCUUGCUUCAGAAAGCAAUUCUCUUAAGGAUCCUGCUUCCAAGGCGUAUGCAAAAGUAUUUGCUCCCCACCACGGUUGGGCUAUAAGACAAGCUGUUGCUGCUGGGAUGUAUUGCCUACCUACUAGAGAGCAACUGAUGAAGAAACUUAACGAAGAUAAUGCCUCUGCAAAGAUUAAAAUGCAAAGCUACAUUAUAGCGUCUGACCAUGUUAUUCUGUACAUCGAGAAGCUUUUCAAUUCAAGAAACUUGGGUUUGGAUUGGUAAAAAAUAUGAAUUUCGUUUUAUUUAUCUAAAAUUACCAUUAUUAGUAUUCUUAUUAUUUGUUAGUGUUCUGCACUGAAAUAAAAAGUCCAUUGGCAAUAACAAGUAUAUAUUUCAGCAAAAUAUUGUAUAUUAUCAUAAAUUGUGCUGCUUCGUUGCUACUAUGAAUAUAUUUGUUUUUAUUAAA